AACGUUUCCCUUCUUCCCUUCCAAGUCAUUGAUUAUUAUCUGUAUUCUAGAUGGCUGUUGUUGUCGCAACGCAUCGUCGAUGGGUCGCACGAUCAGUUUUCGUUGGAAAUGGUUGGCUGUAGGUUGCAUUCGCCAAGAAGGCUGAUAUGCAUGUCGUACUUAGCGGACUUACCUUCUGCUCAGCCUCGUAGCGGCGUCUACCUGCUGGCGACGAUGACCUUUGCUGCAUCUUCAGUCAUCCCUUCUCCAACAUACCCUCAAAAUGACCAAAGCCUCGAGGAAACGAAGAAAGGCCCGUUCGAAGUUGAAAACCUCAAGCGUAGCUGGAAACGAACCUUAUCCAUAUGUCAGGCUGGUCCCCGAAACCGAGGAGAUCAGACUCAUCAAGCUGUUGCCUGGAGAAGGAAAGGACCCUCUACGAUUUGAGCUCUUCCAUGUUCCGUUGCGGAUCCCGGAGGAGCGUCCCAAGGACAGGAUGUCUCUGAAUGAGCUGAGGAGUACGUUGCCAUCUAGAUGGGAUGUAAAGGAGACAGUUGAAGGCAACUACAUCUUCUAUGAUGAGGUCUCAAGUGGUAGCACGUCAUGGAUACAUCCAGACCCGAAGCUAGACUCUUCUCGCUAUGCCAACCCGCCAGAAUUACCGAGUCCCGACUUUCAGCCAAGAUACGAAGCACUUUCCUAUACCUGGGACUCAAAGGACAAUCCCGAAGACGCUUAUGUCCACUAUUCGUCUGCAUCUUCACCAUCGAAGGGCGAAUGUACUUUGAUUGCAGAGAUGCAAAUUAGGCAAAACCUCGCCUCUGCGAUGAGGCACCUGCGAAACCCCCGGAAAGCUCGAGUCUUGUGGAUCGACGCUGUAUGCAUAAAUCAGGAGGACGAAAUCGAGCGCAACGAGCAAGUCAAACGCAUGGCAAAUAUCUACCGAUUGGCAGAGCGCGUUGUUGUCUGGCUGGGGCCACAGGUGGAUAGGAGUAGGCUUGCAAUCAAAACACUAGAUCACAUCGGCGCUCAAUUGGAAUACAACAAGGAUAACUCCCGCGUUGUAUCUCCUGCCGCAAUGGAACCAACCUGGUUUUAUCACCGCAGUGCUUUGCCCUAUGGUAGUAACACGUGGCGAGACGUCGAAAAACUCAUAGAGCGCGCAUGGUUCAAACGAUUGUGGGUGUGGCAGGAAAUCCACCUUGCCAAUAGCCAUGCUCUCAUGCAGUGCGGACAUGAUUCAAUCUUGUGGUCCCGCUUCCGCCGAGCAGUGCAGUGCAUAUACUACAAAGGGGAUCAAGCUACCGCUCAGCUUCGUUCAAAAAUUAUCCUCCUGCAACUUCUAACUGCGUUUCUUCUAGAUUUAUCGCUUGGGUCACUACUUGAUUUCAUGAGAGGCCAGAUGUGUUCUGACCCAAGAGAUAAAGUAUAUGGAUUGCUAGGUCUUCUAGGCUCAGACAUGGCGAAGAUCGAACCACGUUACUCGGACCCUUUUGGUGUUGUCUAUAAAGACGCGUUCAUAACACAUUGCAAUCAUGUUCAGCGAUUAGAGCUCCUUGUAUACUGUGAUUUGAAAAAUGCGCUGCCCGACACCCCAUCUUGGGUUCCAAAUUGGUCAGCAAGUAGAUGGAGCAGCACAAUCGUGGGUGGCCUUUGUAGCGGGGUCUCCCGUGCACAAUUCACGUACACACCUCCGGGCGGUUUAGAGGUAUUUGGGGUUCAUUGUGCGACUGUGGAGACUGUUCAUGGGCCAGCGGCAUGGGAAAGAGGAGAGACGUUGGAAGAUAUCCGGAAUUGGGCAGUAAACAUAAUCAAGCCAGGACCUUCAUAUAUCACUGGAGAGAGCUUGGACGCUGCUUUUGCGUUGACACUUCGGGAAAAUAGGGUGCGUGAGCGCUACCCGGAACUGGGUUCCUGGCCGACGACUCAAGAGUGGAUAAAUGUUUGCAAGAGACAGUUGAUUGGCGAUGGAGGGAGCGUAAAACUCGGCGAUGUUGCCUUCGAAGGGAGCGCAGAGUUCAACGAUAGUGAUGAAUCCUACCUUACCGAAGUAGUCGAACGUGCUGGGGGUCGUACUUUUGUAGCAGCAGAGGAAGGACACAUUGGUCUGGGUCCUGCAUCUGCGAAACCGGGUGAUCUCAUUUGUGUCUUGCUCGGUAGCGAAAUCCCAAUCUUCUUGCGAGCCAGCCCACUCGGAAGGUUUCUCGUGGUUGGUAGCGGCUACGUUCACGGCCUGAGCGACGCGACUGCGCUCCUUGGGUCAUUGCCAGAGCAUUGGAGAGUACAGGUUAGAGUUGGGGUUUUUGGCGAGGACAGUUAUUCUUUAUGCAAUUCUACGACAGGCAGCCGCGUUCCAAUGUCGGAAGACCCCCGGCUGGGGCCACUCGAUAACGGAUGGGAAGCGAUAGAAAGAGACAGAGUGCACGGCGAUCCUGCGAUCUUUGAAAUGUAUCGAAACAGGAUCACCGGCGAAGAAAUGGACUCGGAUCCCAGAAUGAGGCCCGAGGCGUUGAAGGCACGCGGUGUUAAGAUACAGACAUUCCCGCUCAUAUAGCGGUCACGAAUUUUAUUCUCCCAUUUAUUC